AUGGAGCCCCGCAUCGUGGGGCCCGGGCCGUACCGGGCCACCAAGCUGUGGAAUGAAACCAUUGAGCUUUUUCGCACUAGGAUGCCAUUACGAAAACAUCGCUGUCGUUUCAAAAGUUACGAACGUUGCUUCACAGCGGCUGAAGCUGUGGACUGGCUGCAUGACCUGCUCAGGUGCAAUCAGAACUUUGGCCCCGAAGUGACCCGCAAACAAACGGUGCAGCUGCUAAAAAAAUUCCUGAAGAAUCAUGUUAUCGAAGACAUCAAGGGCAAAUGGGGUCAGGAAGAUUUUGAAGACAACGGUCACUUGUAUAGAUUUCCUCCCUCCUCACCAUUGAAACCAUAUCCAAAGAGGCCCCCAUAUCAAAAGGAUACUAUUAAAUUUCCAGAAUGGAAUGAUACCCCACCAGGUGUGUCACAAGAAAACAUUCCAGUUAGGCCACUUGUGAUGAAUUCUGAGAUGUGGUACAAGCGUCACAGUAUUGCUAUUGGAGAGGUGCCUGCUUGCCGCCUUGUCUACCGCAGACAGCUGACAGAGGCCAAUGUAGAAGAGAUAUGGAAGUCUAUGACAUUAUCACAUUUACAGAAAAUCCUUGGCCUAGAUUCCUUGGAAGAAGUUUUAGACAUUAAACUUGUCAAAUCCAAGUUCAUCAUACAUAAUGUAUAUAGUGUGAGCCAGCAGGGAGUUGUUAUCCUUGAUGACAAAUCAAAAGAACUUCCUCAUUGGGUACUGUCAGCAAUGAAGUGUUUGGCAAAUUGGCCUAAUUGUUCAGAUUUGAAACAGCCUAUGUACGUAGGAUUUGAGAAAGAUGUCUUUAAGACCAUAGCAGAUUACUAUGGUCACUUGAAAGAGCCUCUGCUUACAUUUCAUCUUUUUGAUGCCUUUGUCAGUGUUUUAGGUUUGUUACAGGAGGAGAAAAUGGCCAUUGAAGCAUUUCAGAUUUGCUGCCUCCUCCUGCCACCUGAAAAUAGGAGAAAGUUACAGCUGUUAAUGAAGAUGAUGACAAGGAUCUGCUCAAAUAAGGAGAUGCCACCACUUUGUGAUGGCCUUGGCACCCGGACGCUGAUGAUUCAGACAUUUUCCCGAUGCAUCUUGUGCUCCAAGGAUGAAGUGGACUUGGAUGAGUUAUUGUCUGCUAGGUUGGUGACAUUUCUGAUGGACAAUUACCAAGAUAUUCUUAAAGUCCCUUUGGCCUUGCAGACCUCCAUAGAGGAGCGUGUGGCUCACCUACGAAGAGUGCAGAUAAAAUACCCAGGAGCCGACAUGGAUAUCACUUUAUCUGCUCCAUCAUUUUGUCGUCAAAUUAGUCCCGAGGAGUUUGAAUACCAAAGAGCAUACGGCUCUCAGGAACCUCUGGCAGCUUUGUUGGAGGAGGUUAUAACAGAUGCCAAGCUUUCCAGAAAAGAGAAGAAGAAAAAAUUGAAGCAGUUUCAAAAAUCCUACCCUGAAGUCUACCAAGAACGAUUUCCCACACCAGAAAGUGAAGCACUUCUGUUUCCCGAAAAACCAAAACCAAAACCACAGAUGGUUAUGUGGGCUCUAAAAAACCCUUUCCAACCAUUCCAAAGAACUAGAAGUUUUCGGAUGUAA